AUGAAGCAGGGGGAUAUGGUAAAGUUAGAAAAUCAAAAGAUGGAGUUUACUAGAAAAUAUGAGCUUCAUAUGUUGAACAUGUUUAUGGAGAGUCAAGUUGAGCUUGAGAGGAUGAAUAAUAAGAAGAAGAGACAUCUGCUACAGGAUGUUGCUUUACAAUCUGUAAUUGAGACCGAUAUAGCAACCCGUCUUCUCUCAUGGUCAAUUAUAAAACAACUAAUGUGGUUUAUGAAGAGAUUUUCAACGAAUUGUGAUCGUUGCAUAUUCAUAUCAAGAGGUCAAAUCGUGUUAAAUGUGGCUUCAAGUGGAAUUGCAUUGUUGUUGUUAGAUGGUGGCAGGACUGCACAUUCCAGGUUUAGCAUACCGUUGAAUCUUACUGAAGAUUCGGUAUGUAAUAUAAAACCAGAAAGUGAUCUGUCUAAAUUACUUCUUGAGACUAUAUUGAUAAUUUGGGAUAAAGCACCUAUGGUACACAAACAUGCAUUUGAAGCGCUCAAUAGAACAAUGAAUGGCGUUUUCAACAUUGACAAAUCUCUCAAUUCAGAUAUCCGGUUUGGAGGUAAGGUUAUUGUUUUUGGUGACGAUUUUAGACAAAUAUUACUUGUUGUUCCAAAUGGUGGGAGACAAGAGAUUGUUAAUGCCUCCUUAUGUUUGUCUUAUCUAUGGAGUAAUUGUAAAUUGCUAAGACUAACAAGAAACAUGAGGUUAACGGUUGGAAGAUCUACAGCUGAUGUUGAAGAAAUAAAUACUUUUGCCAAAUGGCUUUUGGAUUUGGGUGAUGGUAACGUUGGUGGUCCAAAUGAUGGAGGAGCAACUAUUGAAAUACCACAAGAUCUUUUGAUUACUGACGCAUCUGAUCCAAUUGCAAGUUUAAUUGAUUUUGUUUAUCCAUCAAUCUUGGAAAAUGUAGACGACCAUAACUAUUUAAGUUAG